CAAGUGGCAAAACAGGAGCAUAAUCCAUAACUAACCGGACCAAUCUCACAGUAGAGAAUCGGGAACCCCAGAGAUCCAGGUUUUCCAGACUAAGCCCGACGUCUCGUCGUCUCUGUUUGUAAAGUUCCUUUCUUCGUCCAGAGGCCGAAAUCUCGGUUUCUCGAACUACGGUUACACUCAAAAGCGAAAGCCCUCUCAGAAAAGAAAAAGAAAUGCCAUUCAGGAGAAUGAUAGAGGUGGAACCACCGAGCCCGCUCAGAUAUAUCAUCGGAGCUGCAAUCAUGAUGCUCGGAGUCGUAUUGCCCGUCGGAUACAUGAUGUUCCGUAACAAACGCGUCCCUUCCUCUUCCUCUUACUCCAAACAGACGUAGGAACAAAGUUUUGAUAUAGAGAUUUUGGUGGAAGAGAGAAAUUUUUUUACGCGAAACUUAUGGAGUUCUAUAUGAAGGAAGAAUGCUUUGAAUGACCUGCAGAUACAAAAAUGUAAAUGAAUUAUAAACCCCUCAGUUCAUGUUAGUAGCUGUUUGGAUAUUAAUUCAAGUUUAUUGAAGAUGAGGUGUGUUGUUUUGCUCAAUUUAUGGGUUUUCAUACGGUUACCAAGUUAGCAUCAUAACUAUCAAUUCUAUAAUACUGGUUGUUCCAAUAGUAAUUUGAGUUUAUGAAAGUAUGUUCUUUCAUGUUUUUUUGA